AUGAAGGAAGCCAAUGAGUCUGAAGAGAAAAGAAAAACAGAAGGACAGAAGCCAACAGAAGGCUCUGCUGUAAUUCAAAUGCAAAACGAAGCAGUCGAUAAGCUAAAAAGCGUAACCACAAGAAGGUACAAGAAAACCACCUUGCUAGUGAGAACUCUUGGAGGAAGCUUGCUGGAAAUGAACGGCUGGGCGUCUGAGGAAAAGGCCCACACAAAGCCCGAAAAGACAAAGCCCGGGCAUGUGUGCGCCAUAUGCAACAAGAGCUUUGCAGAUAAGAGGAAGCUUUCCGCACACAAAAGUGUACAUGAAAAGGCCCCCGGUGAGUAA